AUGUAUAACGGAAUUGGAUUAAAAACACCAAGAGGUUCAGGUACUAAUGGAUAUAUUCAAAUGAAUAUAGCUCAUAUUCGUCAUGCUAGGAAUAAUUUAAGAGAAUAUGAAAAAUUUCGAAAUGAAGUAAAGAUGAAUAAUAUAGUAGACAAAAAAUAUACCUGUGAUUAUUCUAUUAUUGAGCAUUCUGAAAAAAGAAAAAUAGAACUAGAUGUUUUAUUAUAUGAAGAAAAAAUGAAAGAAGAAGGCAAAGAAAAUAUUGAGGAGUUAGUUAAUAAUUAUAGAAAUAAAUUAUAUGAUGAAUACUAUAAAAAUAAAAAAAUUGAAGAAAAAUACAAUGUUAAUUCAAAUCGUCCUAUUGACGCAAAUGAAAAUACUCAUAUUCUUAAUGAAAAAAAAAGAAGGCAAAUAAAAAAUUUUGAAAAAAUUCUGAAGAUUAACAAAGAGAAGAAGAAAGAUAAAAUAGAAGAUUUAAGUUAUGACAAGAAAGAGAAUCAUUCGAAUAAAGUAGAACAUAAUGGAGAAAAAAAAAAAAGGAAAAAAAAAAAAAAAAAAAAAAANGAAAAAAUAUCUAUUUCAUCAUAUUCAGGUGAUUCAAAUGAUUCAAAUGAUUCAAAUGAUUCAAGUGAUUCAAAUAGUUCAAAUAAUUCAAAUGAUUCAAAUAGUUCAAAUAAUUCAAAUGAUUCAAAUAGUUCAAAUAAUUCAAAUGAUUCAAAUAGUUCAAAUAAUUCAAAUGAUUCAAAUAGUUCAAAUAAUUCAAAUGAUUCAAAUAGUUCAAAUAAUUCAAAUGAUUCAAAUAGUUCAAAUAAUUCAAAUGAUUCAAAUAGUUCAAAUAAUUCAAAUGAUUCAAAUAGUUCAAAUAAUUCAAGUGAUUCAAAUGAUUCAAAUAAUUCAAAUGAUUCAAGCGAUUCAAAUGGUUCAAGCGAUUCAAGUUGUUCAAAUGAUUCAAGUUAUUCAAAUAAUUCAAGUUAUUUAAAUGAUUCAAGUAAUUCAAGUUAUUCAAAAGAUUCAAGUAAAUCAAGCUAUUCAGUAACCUCAAGAAGUUCAAACUCUUCAGAAGAUUCAAAGAAUAAAAAUAAGUUAAUAAAUAAAAAUUCUUUGAAAAAUUCAAAGGAUUUAUCUCAUUCAAGAAAUUCAUACAUUGAUCCAUCCAUUAAAUUAAAGUUAAAGAAAUAUGAAAGGAAAAAUAUCUUUAAUAAUAAAAAAAAUAAAAGAAACUACUCAAGCAGUCAAUACUCAAAUACAAAUUCAACCAUUAGUAGUAAUGUAAGUAGUGUAAAUGAAAAAAAGAGAAGAAGCAAUAAAAAAAAUUUACAUAUAUAUGGAAGUGAUAAUGAUUCUGAUUUUAUUCACAAAAAGAAUGAUAAAAAGAAAAGGAACGAUAGUGAAAGUAGUAUUUCAUCACAAGAUAAGAAAAAAAAAAAGAAAUUUAAAAGUUAUCCUAUGAAUCAUGAGAAAUUAAAAGAUAAUUUGAAAAAUUCAAAAAAAAAUAAUCUUUUAAGCAACGAAGAAACUUUAAGGAUAAUCAAAAAUAUUAAAAAAUAUUACAGUAAAAAAAAAAGUAAUUCUAUAAAUAGUGAAUAUAAAAAAUCCUCUGAAUCAAAUUUAUCUGUUAGUAGUAACUCAUCACUUGAUAAAAAAAAAAAUAAGGAGAGAGUGAGGUCUUUGGAAAAUGUUAAUAAUUCACAUUUAUCUUGUAAUAAUAAAAAUAUAUUAAAUAAAAAAAGGGUUACUUACGAUAGCAUUUCUUAUAGUUCAAGUUGUGAUUCUCACAAUAGUACGGGAGAUGAAGAACAAAAAACAAAUGUACAUUUGAAAAGGGAUAAAGAAAAAAAAAAAAAAAAAAAAGUAAGUGAUAGAAAAUUCGUAGGAUAUAAAAAGAGCAAAGAUGAUUAUAUAGAAAAAUUAGAUAGCAUAAAAAAAAAAUUAGAAAAAACAAAAAGGAGAGAAGAAAGUGGAGGUAGAGAUGAAAGUGAAGUAAAAGGAGAAACUAAAAGAAAAAGAGAAAGAAUAAUUGAAAGAGGAAGAGAAAGUAAAAGCGAAAGCGAAAUUGAAACUCAAACUAAAAGAAAAAGAGAGAGAGAAAAAGAAAGAAAAAGAAAAAAAGAAGGAAUCAAUAAGGGAGAAAGUGAAAUAGAAAGAGAAACUGAAAGAAAAAGAGAAGGAAAGAGAGAGAUAGAAAGAGAGAAAGAGAAAGAGAAAGAGAAAGAGAAAGAGAAAGAGAAAGAGAAGGAGAAAGAGAAAGAGAAAGAGAAAGAGAUAGAUAGAUAUAGAUAUAGAGAUAGAGAUGUAGAUAGAAAUGGAAAUGGAGAAAAAAAAAGAGAAGGAAUAGAUAAAAAAGAAAGUGAACCUGGAAUUGAAACUAAAAGAAAAAAAGAGAUAAAAAGAGAAAGAUAUGAAAAAACUGAAGGAGAAAAUGUAAUAGAAAGAGAAAAUGAAAAAAAAAAGGAUAAGGAAAGAGAGAGAAAAAGAAAAAAGGAAAGAGAACCUGAAAUUGAAACUAAAAGAAAAAAAGAGAUGAAAAGAAGAAGAGAAGAAGAAAGUGAAGGAGAAUGUGUAAUAGAAAGCGAAAAUGAAAAAAAAAAGGAUAAGGAAAGAGAGAAAAAAAGAAAAAAGGAAAGAGAAAGAAUAAGUAAAAGAGAAGCUGAAAUUAAAAUUGAAAAAAAAAAGUGA